AUGUUUGGCCUCGAGCGUGUCGUGCGGUGGCUGCUCAAGGGCUGGUUCCGCCUCGAGCGGAAGGACGUUGUGGUUUCGGCCACUCGUCUCGAGCUGGCCCGGCUCGAGCUGGUGGUCGACGCGUGGAACCAGGUGCUCGGCUGGGCAGGCCUCUGCCUUGCGAGUGGCUCUGCCCGCCGGAUCGCGGUGGCCAUGCCGUGGGCGGCGCCCCUGCCGAGCGGCUCGCGCGUGGAGGUGCACGGGCUGCGAGCCACGCUCCAGCGCCUGCCAGUGGCCCUUCCUACGGCGGAGGACGGCCCCGCCUCCGCGGCCGCCUCUCCGGCACCUCCGCCAGCGGCGGCGAUGGCGGCGGUGGCGGCGGUGGCAGGCGCAGAGGGCGGAGGAGGGGAGGGGUUGGAGGAGGGGGAGGAGGAG